CCAUAGAAAUACAAAGCUUAACAGUCGAUCGGCAUUCACCUACUCAUCGUCGGAAAGAGAAAGCAACAAAAGUCAAUGGCGCGUUCCUCAACUGAAAGAAAGAAACACAACAAAGAAACGGAAGUCAUAAUGCUAACAGAUUCGGAGUCAGACGAAUCUUUCACUUCCGAAGAGUUCGACUGGGACGCACCAGAACCAAAUCUCAUUUUCAUGCCCUCAUCCUGUACACGUUUUCGGAUACCAGUAAAAGUUGCAAGAGCCAUGGGAAUUGAUCGAUGCGGAAAGGUGACCAUUGAAAACAUGCGUGGUGUGGAAACAAAUCUGAAGGUCACGGGUGAACCAAAAAGAGCAAAAAAGAAAAAUCGGUUUAGUGUAUUGGGGUGGCCAGCAUGGGUUCGUGAAAACAACAUCAAGAUGGGUUAUCUUUGCGUUUUAGAGUGGUAUGAAGACAUGCCGACACUCUUUGUUAGGGAUGUAAUCGAAGAAUAAUGGGGUUAUUAACUUAGAUCAAAACCGUUCAACCAUUGUAUAUGGUAAUUUUGUCUAACUAACGGUUUUGGCAAUAAGUAUAUAGGUGUGUAGGACUGGUUUUUUAGGAAGUUGUUAACUGUUUUGUUGAUGUUAGCUGUUGGAACAUAAGUUGAUACCAUUUUGGCCUAUGUUA